AUGUCCGUCCCUCAGAGUAGCUUCAAGAGCUACCACACAGGUGGCCUCGUUCGCCAGAACGUCACUCAAGACUCUCAGCUCUCUAAGCGAUGGGAUUGCAGCACGACGCCGAUACUCACCUGGGGCGACCAGGACAAUGGCGGCCCAGGAAUCACCAUCGACAAUGACGCCAAUGACUGGAGAGGGUUUUACUUCUACCACAACUCCUGCGAUUCGAUCCCUUGGAAGUACAUCUGGAUUGCUGGCAAGACUACCCAGUUUGUCUCCAUACCCUUUGGUUGGGAGGGUCGCGUCCAGCGUGGCGUUGAUAGCAGCAUGCUCAAUGGCCAGCCACAGCUGCUUGGCUCUUGGUUGGAGAUAAGUUGGGACCAAAACAAUGUUGCUUGGGCCGAUGUUUCUCUUAUCCGUGGCUGUGACGGGGGUAUCCUCGUUUGGUCUCCCGAUGGUUCUUGGAAGGGAUUCACGCAGUGGAUUCUAGACGGCGCGCCAACUGGUGCCUACGACAUGAAGACGAAUGGACAGUGGGUCAUCAAGGCUACGGAAGGGCCAAACGGCGAAGUUUACACCAUUCCUCGGGACUGGCUUAUCCAGAAGGUCGGCAUUGACUACGUGUACGUGGACGACUACCACGGCAACCCCGUCAUCUCCACGCCAAACCAACGCUUCUCUACCUUUUGGCCCGAAGGGCGUGCAUGA